AUGGCCGACGAUGCGAAAAUCCGAUCACAAACUGAAGUUCCCGACUGGAUCAGCAAUUCAGCCAUGACUGCCGACGAUCGAGGUACCAUCCUAAUUGAGGGGCACAUGAUGCUGGUUGACGCGAGCAACUACAGGCAGCCCAGCGAGGGUACUUUCGAUGAGAUCGCCUACGUCUCCUGCGACGAACCCAGCGGCGGCACCGACCUUACCCAAGAUGAGAUUGUCAACACGAUUAUGGCCACCAGCCCCUUGGCUAUUGUCCUCUACACCCUGGCCGGCAACGUUUGUGCCCUCGAAGGCGAUAACCUCCCUUACGAUAGCAUCUUCACCCUCAUCGACUCAGGCGAUGCUGAGCAGGCCCUGAGUUUCCUGAACGCCACCACCGAAGACUCUCCGGUCCAUGUUAGCAUCUCUGGGAAUACCACCCAGGAGACCCCCGACAGCGAGAGCUCGCAGAACGGCAGCAACUCUGCUGUCGCCAUGAGCGUGCUUUACAGCAUCACUGGCUUGGUGACUGUGCUUUUCCUCGUUAUCAUUGCCACCGGCACCAUUCGUGCUCACCGAUACCCCGAACGGUACGGUCCCCGUGGAGGAUAUGAGGGCCGUCCACGACAGAGCCGCGCCAAGGGAAUCGCCCGUGCACCCUACCCGACAAACCCCAAGGACACCCCGAACACCCCGGGCACCAUCCCCGACUGCGCUAGCGAGUUCUACACCUACCGCCACUACAGCCGUCCCCGCGACUCCUGUCCGGACCGAAAUCGCCACCCCAAGGAACGCGGGGUUCUGCCGUGCGACCACAAGUUCCACCCUGCCUGCGUUGACCCGUGGCUAGUGAACGUGUCAGGCACCUGUCCACUAUGUCGCCUCGAUCUCCGUCCCGAAGGCCAGAAGGAGGAUACUGCGCGCGUCGACGAAACUCAGAUGCCGCCGCCUCUUGAGUUGGACGAGACCGAUGAUGACACGGUUUCUGCGACACAGCGGAGCAGGGCUUCCCGAUUCUUUGACUUGAGCAGGCUACGACAUGCCUCGGCUGAGGAACGCAUCCAGGCUCUCAGGCAGUUCCGCCAUUCGCAGGCGCCUCCCCUUCCUCCGUCCCCGUGGCCGAAAAUGCGGAAGGGACUCGUCGCGUCAAGCUUGCGGACAAGCUGCGCGACAAGUUCCGCAUCCGAACCCGACCUCAGUCACGUUAAAUCGAAGGCUGAGCUCCAACUCACCCGCGGCGCCCUCUCUCUACCGACCCACAGCACUGGCUGUUGA